UCCAACCUCAUCAGCUGCUUCGGUGAGGCCGAGCUCAGGCUUUUACUGCGAUGACAGGCGGAUGAGGAGGGAUGGGACGCUAAACAAUGCAUGCAUCUCCAGUAAAUCGGCUGCAACAGCGACGGCAGGAGGAAGAAGACAAGCAAGCGUCCACACACGCAACCAGCUGCGCCUACUCCGAGCCCAUUUUUCUUUCACCAUGGUGGCGACUGCGAGGGAAUCAAGCGACUUCCUCUAUUUAAUCCCUCUGAGGAGGCCACACACCCACCCACCGUGCAUGGCCACUUAGCCUCACCGCAUCAUCUGUGGAGACUGCAGCAAAGAGAUCGGGCAUGGGUGGUCAGAGUGCAGAUGCCCGGGACUCCUCGCUGGAGACCAUGGGGCCGCCGCCGCCCAAGAGGGGAUACAACAAGUACGCCACCGGCUGCGCCAUGCUUGCCUCCUUGGCCUCCAUCCUUUUGGGCUAUGACAUUGGAGUGAUGAGUGGAGCUGAACUGUUCAUCAAGGACGACCUCAAACUGAAUGACACACAGAUUGAGAUCCUGCUCGGGGUGCUCAACCUCUACUCCCUCGUCGGCUCCUUCGCCGCCGGCUUCACAUCGGACUGGAUCGGACGCCGCUAUACCAUCGUCUUUGCCGCUACCAUCUUCUUCACCGGGGCCCUCCUCAUGGGGUUCGCCACCAACUACGCCUUCCUCAUGGUCGGCCGCUUCGUUGCCGGCAUCGGCGUUGGGUACGCCCUCAUGAUAGCCCCGACCUACACCGCCGAGGUCGCCCCGGCCUCCUCCCGGGGCUUCCUCACCUCCUUCCCCGAAGUCUUCAUCAACUCCGGCAUCCUCCUCGGCUACGUCUCCAACUACGCCUUCUCGCACCUCCGCGAGUCCCUUGGCUGGCGGCUCAUGCUCGGCGUCGGCGCCAUUCCUUCCGUCUUCCUCGGCCUCGGCGUGCUCGCCAUGCCCGAGUCCCCUCGGUGGCUCAUCAUGCAAGGCCGGCUCGCCGAGGCCAGGAAGGUCCUGGAGAAGACGUCCGACACGCCGGAGGAGGCGAAGCUCCGUCUGUCGGACAUCAAGAUCGCCGCCGGCAUCCCCGAGGACUGCGACGACGACGUCGUGCCCAUGCCCAAGAAAACCCGCAGCAGGGGUGUGUGGAAAGACCUCUUGGUCCGGCCAACGCCUUCGGUGCGGCGAGUGCUGAUCGCGGCAGUCGGGCUUCACUUCUUCCAGCAAGCCUCAGGCAUCGACUCGGUGGUGCUCUACAGUCCCAAAGUGUUCGAGAAGGCCGGGAUCCAGGGGAACACGAAGCUGCUGGGCACGACGGUGGCGGUCGGCUUCACCAAAACACUCUUCAUCCUGGUAGCGACGUUCCUGCUGGACCGUGUCGGGCGGCGGCCACUGUUACUGACCAGCUUUGCAGGGAUGAUCUUGUCACUGGCCGGCCUCGGACUCGGCCUCACUGCCGCCGAACACCACACCGACGGGCAUCUCCCAUGGGCUGUCGGGCUAUCAAUAGCAUGCGUUCUGGCCUACGUCGCCUUCUUCUCCAUCGGCGCCGGGCCGAUAACAUGGGUCUACAGCUCGGAGAUCUUCCCGCUAAGGCUGCGGGCGGUCGGUGCGAGCAUCGGGGUGGCGGUGAACCGCGUGACCAGCGGCGUGAUCACCAUGACCUUCAUCUCUCUCUACAAGGCCAUAUCCCUCGGUGGCAGCUUCUUCUUGUACGGCGGCGUCGCGGCCGUGGCGUGGGUCUUCUUCUUCACUUACUUGCCGGAGACCCGAGGGAGAACCCUCGAGGACAUGGAAGAGCUCUUCGGAAAGGAGAAGGAGGUGGACAAGCAGACGAAGGAAGAGAACAGAGUUGAAAUGGUCAACGCAAGUAACCGUAAUGGUAAUACACGAUGAAUUGAUGGAUCUAAUCGCAAAAUUGUAUGAAUCAGUCAAGGGCCUGACUAUGAAAACAAAAAAUAUAAUGGGUGUUUAGGUAUUUGUGUGGGUUAGGAAAGUGUGUUGGCUAACUCGUUUGUUAUCCAUGGACACAUGUAAUACCGGUGGCCAAGUAUUUCUCUAUCUUAAGUCUUGAAGGUGGAAAUGUACUUCAUUUCUCUUGUGUGGGAUAUGCUGUGACAUCAACUUCGUUUA